ACUAGAAGGGCCGCUUACGCAGCCACGACCUUGCUUGUGGGAAUUUGAACCCGUGGCAGAAUAACAAGUAUUCAAAUUGCAGGGAAGAGACGCGCACAAUAACGUUGUCAUUUUGGCGGGCGGUGCGGUGUGGAGAGAAAUUUUUACAUAAGAGUGUAUCACACAACAGUUGAAAACCUAAUGUUGAUGGCGUUGACAUUUAGUGGGUGAGAAAGAAGGCCCAGGAAACGGGUGCUCAGAGGGCGACCCAUCCUUUCCUCAGCCCUUGACCCACAGGGAGAGACUAUGUUGGACACAAAUGAACGAGCACCUGAAAAUAACAUCUCUUGAGUCAAGCUGGAGCGAUUACUUGCUUGUGUGCUAGCCAGGAUGCCACCAAUCACGCCACCGAUUAAGCCUUCAGAAUCCCUGCGAGUUUUGAAGCCUGAAGAGUCACUGAAUAUUGUCGACGCAGGAGGAGUUGAUGAUGUUGUGAUGACUGAGAUAAUGUGGUGUAGACAGAAGGUGGGGGGAUUGACAACAGCAUUCAAUGAGAGGCUCUUCAGACAACCAGCAAGUCCAAUCUUGGAGGUAGAAGAUGAAAUAUUGGGGAAGGAGAUGCGCACCAGAUGGGAGAGGACUCAGAUGGCAGAGUGGCAGAGUGGCAGAGUGGACAACGGAUCGAAACCACAUAAUCACGACCUUGUGACGAAUAAACGAAUAAACAAAUAA